AUGAUGCUGGCCAUUACUUUACUUCUUAACUUCCUCUUCCUACUCCUUGUUGCAGCUGUAAGUACUCUACUCUAACUUCCCACCAGCGGCCAGUCUAACAACAAACUAAACCCUUCCUCUCAUCCUUCUCGUAUGGAUACUAACAAUACGUCUUAAGGCCACAGCAAGCCCCACCCUUUCCCCCCACGAACUCCCCAAUCUCUCAAUCCGGGAUGGCGUAAGUUCCCUUCCUUCCCAUCCCCCUUCUCCUUCCCCAAAAUUACAAAACUAACACACGCAAAGCGCACAAUAAAAUGCUGUCAAGAUCCCCGAGGCAACACACAAGCCUGGACCUGGGCCGACGAAGCGGACCUCACAUCCCUCAAGCCCGAGCAGUACAGCACACGGGAACCCCAAGCGGUCGUCUCUGAUUCCUCUCUGUGUAAGGUGGCGGGGAGGACGUGUCAUAAAGCUGCCGGGGUGAAGGGUCGUACGAGGGCGGGGGUGUCUUUGUGUGGUGAGGUGAGUUUUGUUGAUUUCCUUUUCCGCUUAACCCCUACUCCACAUCCACAUCAAUGUCAAAACCCUCCCUCCUCCUCCCCCACAUCAUAAAAACAACUCCCAUCAAAGACUUAUCCGUAUAAUAACUCACAAAAAAAAAAAACCCAGAACCCCACACCCCUCUCCCUCCCCUGCUUCUCCCUCCCCCUCAACGUCUCAGCCAUCAUCCAGAAAUGUCGGAUGACUAUCCGUGAUAACAUCCCGCAGGUAUGCGGACAACUCAUCGAUGAGCAAGGGGGGUUUCGUGUCCUUGUGAAUGGGACGAGGACGGCGGGGGGGUGUGUGCCUGAGGUGUGUGGGUUUCAGAGUUGUCCGCCGGUGGUUUGUGUUUAG